AUGGCGAUACCAGCGCAUUGUUUGCGCGACUUUAUCGCACGUGUUGGAGGCGAAAACAGGCUCGCGGUGGUCACUUCCGGCGGCACGUGUGUGCCGCUCGACCGUUGCGGGGUCAGGUUUAUGGACAACUUCUCGACAGGGCGCAGAGGGUCAUGCAUCGCCGAGGAGCUGCUGCGACAGAAUUACCAUGUAGUGUUUGUCUACAGAGAGGGUACCUGCAGACCAUUCCUAAGGGAUGCUGUCGGAUGGGGCGACCACCUGGCGCUGGUGGAUGGGAUGGAACUUUCGGACGAUGGCUCCAUCAGAUUCGUACCGCCGGAAUCAAAGCAGGAGUCAGUACGCAACGCCAUAGCAAACUAUCGCAAGGUAACUUUAAAGGAAUGA